AUGUUGUCUCGCGUGCAAAGCUGGUGGAAGUGUGACACGGCGCUACACGGCUUCGUGUUUGCCAAUUUCGUCAUUGGUCUCCCCUUCACCGUCUUCAAUACCUACACCAUUUACCAGCUGCAGACGGUCGGCUUCGUACUGGGCACCGAUGGUAAUGGUGGACCAUGCACUACGUUCUGUAUCGUGCCUUGGGCGGGUGUCGACAGGGAUCUGAAUAGCAUCAUCCUCUACCUCAACGCCAUCGGCUUCGGCGUGGGCGGAGUAGUCACGCUGGCACUGUCGGCCUACUCGGAUCUAUGGUGUAUGUUGGCCGAGCCAGUGCGUCGUCAAGUGUCCUGUGCUUACAACCCACCAGCAAAGAAACACCUUCUAGUCACCAUCAGCAUCAUCGCGUACGGAGCGUGUAGUAUUCCAUGCUACUGGCUCCAGAAUUAUACCCUGGCGCACUUCGACACACUGACAGCACUCUGGAUCAUCUUCGCCAUUCUGACGUUCAUCAUCAUCGCCGUGCUGAAUAUGUACAUACCUUUCUGCAUGCGAAAUAGCACCGCGAGUGAGCAGGGAGACACUAUGGCUGGUAUUCCUUCUCUGCCGUCCAACCUGCUUCGAGCUAACCGGACGGUGCUACAGAAGAGAUGA